AUGGAAAAGAAACGAGACUCAUUUUUUAUGAAAAUGAAAAGAGACAAUGGGAAACCAGUCAAGCAGAAUCAUGAAGAAGUAGGAGAAAGCAAGUUUAAAAGGCAAGAAGAAUUCAAUAAAAAUCGCAAAGGUCUUGAGGUAAAGAAUGAAAAAAAGCCAUUCGACAAAAAAGGGUACCGUUUAAAAAAAUACAGUAAAAAAUAUAAGCUAAAACAAUGGGAGGAGCAACGUAAAAAGAGGUUGCUACGCGAGUACCAUAAAGAUAUUAAAAAUGACCCUACUCUAGGGACUUAUAAAGCUAAGACUUUUGACGAGGACACGAUAGAUGCGAACCAAGAAGUCGGCAAAUAUGUCCGACAUCCUGACUUGGUAGAGAAAGAGGAAAUAAAUAAUUCCGUUAAAGAGACAUCUCAAACGGAAAAAGAGAUCUCGGGAUUUGUGAAAGGCAAAAAAGACCCAUACCACAAAGCUAAAGCACAUUUCGAUAAAGUGAAACAAGAGAAGUUGCAGAAGCAGCAAGAGAAACAAAAAGUUCAAGAAGAGAAAAAACAGAAACUUGACGAAUAUAAGAAGAAAAAGAAUGAGCGCUUUAAGAAAUUGAGUAAGAAAACGAAGAAAGGACAGCCAGUGAUGACGGGGCGAUUAGAACUUCUUUUGGAGAAAAUCCAGAAAACGAAAUAG